UGUGUACUGUCAUUAUUUUGCGCAAGUUGAACUUCCCAAUUAUAAGAAAAAAUUUUAACACUUGAAUUUUUCGGUGGCCCUAAAUAAGGUUGUUCGGGCCACCGCGUUAUGCAUUUUUUGGAGUGUCGCCAUUUUGUUUGUUGUUUUUGUGGUAACACUGGGACAGGGAAUGUCCGUCUCUUUUACAGAAAUUACAAUGUGCAUUUUUUUAAUAUCCACCCUGUGUCCUUGAAGAGAAAAAUGUAUUGCCCUGAUAUUUCUAUGCUGCAUUCUUAUAUUGUGAAUUACUGCGAUCCAUUCCCGCGCUGCUACCUUGUUGACUAGCGAAUGUGGCUUGUUUAUUUCGCUGAAAAUCAGUGUAUUCAAUGUUUGUGGCGUGUACGCAAAGUUUAUCUAGCUCGGCAUAAUUUUGGGGGGGCGCCUGGAACACUGAGCGCGAGCGUUCCGCUGCGUUCAAACCGUCUAGGAUCGUAAUCACGACCUCUCUCUCUGGAACCUUUAGCCUGAGUACCUGGUUGGCUUCGCGUAUGUCAGCAACGUAAUUCGGCAAGACUUCAUUACGCUGCUGCAAGCGGUUAAACCACUCCAUCCGGAUGUUUGUGAGUAGCCUACUCGGUAUACAAAAAUUUAACACAUCUUCAUGAAACUCGUCGAAAGUGAGGUCAUUCUCAAUGGCUGCCAUGAUCCGCUCACUUAAGGGAGCUUGGGUGUAUGGAUAAACAAUUUCAAAAAUUUGUUUGUCGGGAAUCCAUCCCUUUUGCCGUAGCUUAAACAAGACUCGAAGGAAAUCAAUCAGUUUGUGUGCGUCCAGACCCGACGCAUCUGGCAAAUCCUUGAGUAGCCUUUCAACAGGAUGGGUGAUUUCUCCGUAGAAACUGUAGCCUGUUUCUGGGGCUGUCGUGCUCCUCAAUACUGAGUCGUGGGGCUGAGCCGCGGCUCCUGCCGGCUGAGGUGAAGGCUGGUGUGACACCGGGUGCGACUGAGUCUGUUCCCGAGUCGCACCCAAGGGGCUGAUUUGUGGUGGAGUGAGCUGGGGCGUAGUGAGUGGCGGCUGCAGAAUACCAGCACUCGGAAGUGGGGUGGUUUGCCAUGAAGGAAACUGUGGCUGAAAUUGAGCUUAAGGGUUAUAAUAGCCCUGAGUGGUCGAAUAUGGGAAAAACAUGUUUGGUGGGUAUGGUUGCAUCAUUUGGUGUGAAAGGGUUGGUAACUCCUGUGAAAAUGUCACGCUAGUGACGGGGUGGGUUGUCACGUGACCCGUUGUAAUGUUUGUCGCCGCUGUCGUCAACUGCACAAGCGGCUCUGAAUGAGUGGUAGAUACAGGUAUCGGUUGAUUUGGAAGCGACGUUAGUGGCUGAGAGUCAGGGGCUGCGUCUGGCGAUCUGCUUGUUUCCCUCUCCUGUGUGUUUACCGUCGCCCGUACUCCUGAUGGUCGCGUGUCGGGUUGCUCUACCCCCAGGGGCAAGCUAGGAGAGUCCCCUUCCGGGAAGGCGGGACAACCGUUGCCUAAAGCCUGUGCCUCAGCCACAUAAUGCUGACUGCGUCGUGUGUCUUCCAAAAAGGCUGCUCUCGCCGCCAAUUUUGUGUGGAAACCUGCCGUCUGUUGCAAACAUCGUUCUAUCUCUUUUAUAUAAAUUCCAUGGAGAAUGUCUGCCGAAAACUGUUUCAGGUUUUGUAAGCGUCGGGUAACAUGUUUUAGCCUGACUAUAUGUCGCUCGACAUUGGGUAAAUUUUCCUCAACAUCUAGGUAGCUUACGAAAGCCGAAAUAUCAUAAAACUUGGCGCAAGCAAGGUUGAAUUCUUCAGUUACAUCUAAAUCCAAAAUCGAUACGCUAGUGGGCACGCCAUCAUGAAGGGCGGCCCUGAGUCUCUUCCUGAGGACUUGCACAUUGCCACUGGAGGGCAAAUUGCGUAUCUGUAUCUCAUAGGUCAGCUCAUCUGACAGCAAUAACUCCGGCUUAAACAUACUGCUCGGAUGUAACUUACUGCUAAUUAAAACAUAAAUUUAACACACAUGUACGAUUCAAACGUACACCAUAAAUACUCCAUGAUUACAUUAACAAAAUUUCAAGUAUAGCACCAAAAUUUGAUUCUCCCACCGAUUACAUAUAUAUGAGUUUCCUUGAUUUUACAUGUUCUGAGGAUUACGUUCUUAAAGCACUGCUCGCUGGUAUCUUGUUAAUUAAUUUAGUUCCUUCUAUGCAACUAUAUUAAUUUUAAUUACCUCAUAAGGCUUCCUAUAUUAACAUGAAAUACCAACUAGCCCCAUUGCGCGGUGUACUGCAACAUGUUUGUUUUGACAGUUUAAUUAUUUAUUAUUAUUUACGAUUUAUUUUAUUUUUGUUCGCUCUAUGUAUAAUAUCAUUUAUUUUCAGAAACGGCAAUAUUUGGUUAUGUAUGUCUAUGGAAAAGUGAUUCUUUGGAUUUUUACCGGACUAUUUGAACGAGGUAUUGUUGAUACCCCUCUAAGGACUAAUGGACUUGAAAACUGUAAACGGUAAAAUUAACGCCGUAAUUUUAUAAUGUAAAUUAUAAUUUUAAUAUUUAUGUAUUUAAAUUUUUGAAAUUUUGUUAUCCGCGCAAUUGUUGCGUUCGGAGUUUACGUUUUCGGUAAGAAAUUAUGUGACUGAAACGGUCCUUUUGGCCAAUCACGGGCCACCAUUUAAAAGUGAGUCUUACUGGUUAUUUUGAGGAAACUAGUAAGAAAGAGAGUUCUACAAUGGCCAGCUGAAUGAGCGGCAACUUCGUGACGUCGGCGAUUUUAAAUCCUGAAAAUUAGCUAUCUAGCAUCAGGCAUCCCGGAUAGUGGAUGAUAAUUAUGAACAUUAGGGAGUUCAGAACAUUUAAAUAGGAUUUAUCUAAAAAGAUAAAUAUCAUAGGAGUGAUUAACGUGAGUAAUAAAAGUGCCCAGAUUUUUGUGCCCUAAUCUUAUGCACGAAUCACGAAACUCCCGUUUUUACGUCACAUCGUCGCCGAAACUUAUUAUAAACAUUGAUUUCAUGAAUUAAAUUGACUUUAUAGAUGAUUUAGAUAAUACUUGGAGAUAAAUUUUACGAAUUUACACAUUAAUUAACAGACUCAGUGGUCCUAUAGAUGAGAGGCUCUGAGCUCUGCCGAUGAACUGUUUGAACCUAACUAGCCGAGGUAAAUUGAUUUAAGUUCCCUAAAAACAUUAAUUAAAAACUGUGUAGUGUCAACGAACCCAAAUUAAGACUUUUGAAAAUAUUUAAAUGUGCGCAACAUAACUCCUGGUAAUUGAAAUUUUAUUGAAUUACUAUGAUGUCACCGUUAAGUUAGGUUGUUGUUUUGGAUAUGAAUAAUAAUUAAAUAUAUUAAUAAGAUUGAAAUUUUGAAAUAGUUUUACCUUGGAAUAAAAUAAUUCUAUAUUUAAUAUUCAAAGUGUUGUGUUGUGUCAUUUGUGAUUUCACCUACUCCAGUGUAUAUUUAUGUAUGUUCCAAAUCAAUCAAGUAACACCUAAUUGUGACUUACCUUAUAUCCACAUUACCAGUGAAGAGCCACACAAUCAAGAAAUCUAAUUUAUUACACAGUUUUAUUCAGCCCAACGUUUUAGUGUGUGUGUGGGGCCUAUUUAGUACAAAAUAAAGCUUCAAAAGUUCCCCCACAUAUUUAUUUGGAGCCCAUACGGUGGGGCCGAUUUUGAGGUUAAGGGACACCUCAACAUUUUUUUUUGUGUAAAUUCUGUACCAGCCAAGUACUGUGUGCAAGUGCACUAUUUGUGUAAAAUAUUAUCUGGUCAAUUGUUUCAUUGCACACCACUAUGGCAGAUGAGCAAAACAAAUACUUUCUUAGAGAAAGAUCACGAAGUGUAGGCGAGGAGUAUGCUACUGCACAAACCUCAAGCAGUGAGUCGCAUCAUACAUCAUCUGCAGGGAAUUCACCAGUAGUCACCUGUGAGGAAAGGUUAGGGCGGCCCACAUCUCCCCUAAUCAUAGAGCAGGCAAACAUGAAUGACACAGUCCUACACACAGCUGCACCCCAGGAUAGCACUCCUACUCCACCACCAGUGACACUAGAGUCACUGAUGCAGAUCUUGCUGCAGACUAGUGCUCAAAUGAAGCAGACUGAUUCGAAACUAGAGCAAAACAACACCAAUCUCACGGCUGAGUUGAGGGCCGGAUUGGAACAGAACAAUGCCAGCCUAAGGAAUCUCGAGCACAGCAUCGAGGUUAGACUCGUACAACAACACGAGGAGAUUCAGCAGAUAGCCGAACAGGUCUCCCAGUACAACAGCAGGGUAGAUGGGUUGGAGUCCCAUGUCACUUCCCUAAGGAACAUGAUGGCUAACGAGCACCGAGGACAGGCCAAUGCCAGGGAAGAGGUGCGUGAGCACAUCCAACACCUAGAGAGCAGGCUCAGCGAUAUUGAGGUGGCCACAGCUACACUGAGGGACAGGUUUGAAAAUCUGUCUGUUCAACCAAGUCCUACAGCUGCAUCAGCUGGUAGUAUAGGCCAGGCCCAGGCAAGCGAGUGCCAUGGACCUACUGUUCCAACACUGCCCACCACAAGCAAGCAACAGGGCGGCACCGAGUGCUACACCGAGCACCAGCCCCAGGAACAGCCACACGUGACCCCCAUCACUCACCGACCAAGUAGCAGGACGUUUGUAAACACGUCGAGUAUGGACCCUGCUACUCUGAUCCACCACCCGGCCAAGCAUUGGGCAGAGGCCAUGCCCACGUUUUCAGGAAGGGUUACUGAGAACCCUAUACGGUUCCUGAAACGUUUUGAGGAAUAUGCGGCCACAUUCAAUCUCAGCGAGGCUGAGGUACUAAAGUGCCUCAACAGUGCUUUGAAAGGGCAGGCUUUCUACUGGUGGGAAAUGCUGAGUGCAACCACCAGUAGCUACAGCCACUUCCAAGCCAUGUUCCGCCAGCAGUAUUGGAGUCUGCGCAUUCAGAGCAAUCUGCGUGCCCAGCUCCAUACUGAGAGGUAUGACCCCAGGAAGGGCACAACGCUGGAAGCCCACCUCUCCACAAUGUUUGAAAAAACUAGGUAUCUCGAUUUGCCCAUGACGGACGAGGAGUUCGUAGCGGCAAUACUCACUCAGUUGCCGCUGCGUUACCAAAAGCAGUUGUCCGGCCUGACGUACCGAGACGUCACAGAGUUCAGAGAGAGGCUCCUGAACUACGACAAGCUGGAGAAAAUGGACAGGACGCCAGGACCUAAGGAGGACCACGAGAGGGUGCCUCAGCAAAACCGCCAGCCACCCCUGAAUAACUACUGGCAAAACAGGGACAACAAGCCAAGGGACAACCGUCAGGCAGCUGUCCACACUAUGACGUGGCAACCCAAGGGCAGGGAGCAAAGCUCAUAUGGCCGGUACGCUAUGAGCCAACGCAAAGGCCCCUACAACAAGAGGAAGACCUGGUGGUCAAAUGCGAGGAACUACCAUAGCGAUGAAGAGAUGUACCAGCGCAAGAGGAAGGACGACCGCAACGACAACCGCCGCCGCUCCUACUCGCCUGAAGUACGGCCUCCCAGGGAGUCCCGUGACCGACGCCCAAGAUCCUCGUCUGAAGACGAGAGAGAGUACGCGAGGAAGUACCGCAAGAUGGAGGAACCUCGAUACCAGGGCCGGCACGAAGAAACCCGAAUGCCACCCCACCAUUAUUCCCCCCAGACGACAGAGAAUCAUGGCGGCAAUGCCCAGAAUAGCCAGUUCUCUGGAAACAAACGCUACCAGAACGCAACGUUUCCGCCACCAUUCCAGGCGCAGCAUCCAGGACAUCAAGCUGCAUACUACCAGAGAGGGGAAGUGAACCCGGUAGCAGCCGAGUUCAAGGCUGCAGUGUCCAGCGUCGCAGGACCCAGUAAUUGGAACCACAACGAACAACAACAACGUGUUCCAGGUGGACGUGCCAACCAGGGCACGUUAAACUAGAACGGGUUUCAGUUGGAUCGCCCCGAACAGAAACCCACUAUUCAGGCUCAGGGGUACAAAACGACAAAUCUCCAAUCUACAGCUGCAUCAGUUACGAUAAAUUUAUAUGCACUGUUAUGCUAAGAGAAAGUGAAAGAGACUUUCUAUAUAAUGAAAAUGAUGAAAAUAGGGUUCAUCAAGUUUGUACAGUUUGUCCACAUGUGACAUUAAAAAUUGAAGAAUGCAAUGUGGAUGCAUUAAUUGACAGUGGCGCUGAAGUCACGUGUAUCAGUGAGGAGUUGGUGAACUACCUCGAGCAUCAGGGCAUCAUACUACCCAAGAUACCAGUACCAGCACUCAAGAUAAUUGGAGUGACAUCAAGGGCAAGCCCUAUUGUAAACAGACAGGUACUGAUAACAGUACACGGCCUAGGCAGACCAAAAGACAUGACUGCACUAGUUGUGAAAGGCCUAGCAAAACCGCUAAUAAUAGGUACUGACUUUCUAUCGCAAUUUGGUAUAGUGAUAGAUUUUAAACUAUGUGAAAUUCAUUCAAAUGACUGUGAAACCCCAGUCACACUCACAGGCAAGUGGCAUGUGAGAGAAAAUUUUGUAGGAAUAUUGUACAGUGAACCUAUGCACAGGCACAUAUACAAUGCACAAGCAAGUGAGCAACUUCAGGCAUCACUUGAAGACAUAAGACAGUCACUACAGGAGGUGAAGAGUGUAUCACCCAGUCAGCUGCAACAACUGUUUGGUGUACUGGCCAACUUUCAGUCAGUAUUCUCUGACAAGCCAGGCAGAAACAGAUUCUACCAAGCAAAAAUUAAGAUAAAUGAGGAGGCACCGUACCACCGCAAAUGCUAUCCCAUUCCGGUGAAGUACGUUCAGGAAGCCACAGCCUACCUACAACUUAUGAUCGAUUGGAAUGUAAUCAGGAGAGAAGCAAGCCCCUAUGCUAACCCCAUAGUUUGUGUGAGUAAACGAGACGGGACAGUAAGACUGUGUCUCGAUGCUAGGGAGCUCAACAAAAUUACAGUCAAGGACAGGGAAAGUCCCAUACAAACGGCAGAAAUUUUAAGAUUGUAUCAAGGCGUGAAGUAUCUCACAACCAUGGAUCUGUCGUCAGGCUAUUGGCAGAUACCAUUAGAGCCUAAUUCCUGCCAAUAUACAUCAUUUCUGUUCAGGAAUCAACAGUAUGUGUUUACAGUUAUGCCAUUUGGACUGUGUAACGCAGUGGCUGACUUUACGAGAUGUCUAGACGCAACCUUAGGACCCGAGUGUCAGGGAUUUGCAAGGGCGUAUGUCGAUGACAUAUUGAUAACAUCAUCAAAUUUUGAAGAGCACAUGCAGCAUGUUGCCACUGUACUGCACAAACUGCAAGAGGCAGGCAUGACUGUGAAAAUUAGAAAAUCGGUAUUCUGCAGAGAGGAAUUACCCUUUCUAGGUCACAUCCUCACACCUGAAGGCAUCAAGACAGCUCCAGACAAGCUGCAGAACAUUCAGGAAUUUCCUACACCGAGGAACGUGAAACAGCUGAGAGCGUUUCUUGGAGUAAUUGGGUUUUACAGGAUAUACUCCAACCAAGUUGCACAGUGUGCAGUUCCACUGUUCAGCCUAUUGAAGAAAGGUCAGGCAUGGAUGUGGAGUGAAGAGCAUGAGCAAGCCUUCCUCAGCCUGAAGAACUUGUUCCUGACUGAACACGUCAUCUACCAUCCAACCCAAGGGAAGGAAUUUCUGUUAUACACAGAUGCCUCUGACACAGCCCUAGGAUGUAAGCUUGCACAGGAGGAAAAUGGAAUUGAAAAGACUGUAGCAAUGGCUAGUCGUACUCUCAACCAAGCCGAGAGAAAUUACACUGUUACAGAGCGAGAGGCUCUGGCCAUUAUAUGGGCACUCCAGAAGUACAGGGACCUGCUACUUGGAGAAACAGUGAAAUUGUUAACAGAUCACCAGGCGUUAACAUGCCUUAAGGCAGGCAAGUUAUUUGGUAGCCGCCUUACGAGAUGGUUUUUGCUACUGCAGGAAUAUGAUAUUCAUAUACAUCAUAUCAAGGGAUCUGCCAACACCACUGCAGAUUAUCUAAGUCGCCUGCAUGAACUACAAGAAAGUUCACCAUCUACAUCAAAACGACAGAAGGAAUUUUUAGUGGCACCAGUAUCCAGAGAUAUUCAAAACCAACCCUAAACUCCGAGAUAUCCUGAAGGAUAUAAAAUGUAAACAACAGGCAGAUGAGUACUGCAAAAACACUAUCAACCAGCUGCAGAAGCAGUCAGCUGAUAAUAAAAUUCACCAACAUUUUUGUUUAUCAGCAGAAAAUGUUUUGUUUGCCCAGUCAAGGAAGAGAGGCAUUUUCGAAGAUCACUGGAAACCAGUGAUACCAGCUGAUUUGAGGCAACCAAUCACCUGGGAACUACAUGUAGCCUUGGGACAUGUAGGGAGCAAGAAGCUCAUUGAAGCAUUAAAGAGGCAAGUGUAUUGGCCUAACAUGUCACGCUAUGUAAGUAAGGUCACAAGUGCCUGUGACCUAUGUCAGAAGGUGAAACCACCUGGACAACACCUGCAUGGAGAAUUGCAGCCCAUCAUUCCAACAGCACCAUUGGAAUUAUUAUCAGUUGAUUUAUUUGGCCCCCUACCACAGUCAAAGGGAGGUGUUAAGUAUGUUUUUGUGAUGCAAGAUGUUUUCACAAAAUUCACAAAAUUGUAUGCAAUUGUGAACCCAACUGCAAAAGCAGUUAUGCAAAAAUUAAAAACUUUCGUUGAAGAAAUUGGUUUACCUAAAGUGGUAUUGUCAGACAGAGGUACCCAGUUCACCAGUGAUUUGUGGCAAACAGGAGUCAGGAAAUUAGGUGCAAUACCUACAACCAUCAGUGUACGACAUCCACAAAGUAACCCUGUGGAGAGACUCAUGAGGUCAAUAGGGAGUCUGUUACGUACGCUAUGCCAUAACUCGCAGCAAUCAUGGCGAGAUAAGUUGCCAUAUGUAGAGUGCAUUAUUAACCAUACUGUACAUGGUUCUAUUGGAGUUACCCCUGGAGAAGCCAUGAGCCUGAAUAGAUCGGUGGCGAUCAACCCGAAGUAUUUACCCCGAUGUGAACAAACCCCUAAUGAAGAAAAACUACCUACAGGAGAAGAGGUAGAAGCUCUAGUGAAGAGGAAGUUGACAGCAGAAGCUGACAUCAGACGCAAGAGGAAACCAGCAUCAAAAUUAGCAAAAUUUAAAAUUGGAGACCAGGUACUGAAGAAAACAACUCCAGUAAGCAAGGCCUGGGAACAUGUAACCAAGAAAUUGUUUUUGUUAUUUGAAGGUCCUUAUGUCAUCACAGACAUAGUACAAGAGAAUUGCUAUGCACUAGCAGAGCCAGCAACAGGCCGACCAGUAGGCCGUUAUAAUAUAACGCAGUUAAGGGAAUACAAGAGCCCUACUACUAUGUAAGCAGUACCGACCUAAGCUGUGAAUGCCUCGUGAUGGUACAAGGUGUAGUACCAUAAACAGCUGAGAGCAGUCUAAGUGCAAGUUUCAGACCAAGGAUCUGAACUGUACAGAGGAGUAAGUGUAUGUCACAGUGAUUAUGUGAUCUAGUACGCCAUGUGAGGCGUAGUGCAGCCACUGUAAUUUGUAAUGUUAAGCGGAGGUGUAAUUCCCGCUUGUUUCUGCGUAAAGGUGAAGUGAAAUGCCACCUAUGCAGAUAUUUACCCUGUGGUUAUGCGGAAGUGUAAUUCCCGCUAUAUUGCUGUAUUUGAGGUGAAGUGAAAUGCCACCCAUACAGAUGUUAUUGUAGCCUGUGAAGCUACCAGUGUACAAUGUGUAUUGUAUUUAUGUAUCAGUUGGCUUGCACAAUUCCUCGUAUGAGUAUGAACUCAAAUGUCACUAAGACAUAUAUAUUUAACGCUAGACUAGCCUAUACCUAUGUGAAGCUGUAUGUACUGUGUACUAACAAACGAGAAGAAAUUAAGCUUAUUUAGUGUCGAUGUAACUAUGUGGUAUGAUACCCCAUCCUGCUGUGUAAACAUAUGUAAACACUGGCAUGCAAAGCAUCUCUAAAAGCACAUAACACUUCGCAACUACAAGCAGAAUAAUAUAAUGCAGGUUACCUUGAUUUAUUGAUGGUGCUGAGUAAUCCAAUAGGCGUCGUUAUGUUGAUGAUGGAAAAUAGAAGAUCACUGAAUUUUCUAAUAUUUAUAGAAGAACUCACUAAAAUUUAAAAAAAAAAAACUUCACUAUUUUGUUACCAUUUCUGGGAUGAAUUUAGGGAAAAGAAUGAUCUUUAGGAUUGCAUUCUACCCAGAAUGCAGAUUAGAAAAGUAUGCACUCAUUUCGCAUACAAAUCCAAUCAGAUUUAGCUGAAACUUUUAGUUUAUUAAACUUUGGAUGUCAAGGUAUUGACAUUUUAUGAAAUGAAAACACUGAAAUUUGAAAUCGAUGAUUUUUAAGGAUUUAUUGGGAGAAGCCCCUAUACAAGAAAAUUACGUCGUCUCAACACUAUUCACUCGCAGCACUGUCAUAGUUGUUUGAAUAGUAUUCUUCGAAUGAUGUGAAGAAUAGCGAAGACUGUGGAUCUGAAAAACUCAGGAUCUAAGCCCUUUGUCGCGAGAAGUGAAGAUACUCCGGCAAACAAGUGUCCACAAGCAACUUCGCCUAACAGAAGUUUUAAAAUUAGAAAAGCAAGAAAGUUUUACUUCAAAUGAAAUCAGAAAAUAUUGAACAUGUGAUACCAUAUGUUGAAUGCUAUCCUGAUACAGCAUGUUUGUGAAACAGCUGAUUGGUAAAAAGGAACCUUAGCUACACUGAAGCCAGGAGCCUCAGUAGAUUACAAGACUCAUGUUACUGAUAGUAACCAAGAUGAGAUGGAAUAUGAACGUUACUCAACCCAGCGAGACCGCUACGGGAUGAAAACAACAGUAAUGAAAGAUGAGAAGAGGAAGAUAAAGCCUCUACAGCUGUUGAGCUGAACACAGCAGACUGAAAUUGAAAAAGUUACUAAGUUGGUAAUUGUGUAAACCAACGACUUCUCUGUAUGUGAGAUGAUAAUGUAAACAAUGAGUAAAGACACUAUGAAAUUUUGAAUUGUAUAACCUGUAAACAUAAUGAAAUGUUAAUGUUAUGAUAUGUAAAUGUUAUUAUAUAUCUAAUUAUAUGCAAAUGUUAUGUUAUAUUGUCGCGUAGCUCAAAAUUAUCAUUAAUUUAUUUAAUUAGUUUAUUUGUUGAAAAUACAAUUUUUAAAUUCUUUUCGCUAGUUCGGGACUUGGUUUCCCUCACGCUAAGAUGGGGUAACACCUUUGUUGGAUUUGGGUUUGCGGGGGGGCUGGAAGAGUGCGAGUCUUGCACGUCUUUGUCUGGGAACGCAGGCGUGACCGCGUUUCAGCCAGGCCAGCUGACACGUUGUUUGCUGCAGUUCCAGAGAAACGCGGCGCAGACUUGUUUGUCGUUUUUUUUUGAGGCCAGCUGAGAGCGCAGAUUGUGCGCAGUCGCCGUGCGCAGGCGAGUGUCGCAAUCUAGCGGCCGGUUUUCUGACUACGUGGGCAACCUGGCGCGGCCGACCGCGCGGCCGGCUUGUUGUAAUAACUUUACGUGUUUGUAAAACACAGGAAAACUUCCCGUCAGGAUGUUUUCCCCGUAGGGGUUUUGCGGCCAAGAAAAUAGCUUAAAAGAGAUGUAAAAUGUUUUCGCGGGGCGGUAAUCCUGUGGAAGGCUGUCAUGCUGCCCGGCCGCGCGGCGACUUGGUAAUGGUUAGAAUUUUUACAGAGUCUUAAGGCGUGAUCAUCUUCCGUACUGACGAUGAGGAUGCUACACAUCGUCCUGGUGCUCCUGCAGCUGGGAAGCAGCAGACAACAUCGACCGCUACCUGAAGGAGCAGUGGGGGUGGUUGCGGGAGCGCAUUUCGAGCCGAUACCUCAGGUAACAUUGUACACUUCAUCGGUACCCGUAAAUUUUAAGGUUGCUUGGCCAAUGCAAUUAGAUGACAUUCAGGAUAGUAUCAAAGAAAUCACUUCUUGUCCCUCCAAUAGUUCAAGUGAAGGGUGUGUUAUUUUCAAAGAAUUAAAACAUAGCUUAAUUUAUACUGACAUGCUAAUUAAUAAGGUAAACGAAGCAGCAGGGGAUGACGUAUUGGAUUUUCAGUCUCAAGUUCGGGAAAGACGAGGGUUAAAUUUCAUUGGAGAGUUUUUUCAUUGGUGUUGUGACAUUGCCGUCAAUAGUCAAUUGAAUAAUCUUUUCCUAAAUGAACAACAAAUGUCAGAACACAUAAACAAGAUGGAAUCACAAAUUUUAAACACUCAUGAGGCACUGGCAAAUAUGAGCAACACUAUUUUUGUUAUAAACGAGGGAAUGACCGGAAUUCUAAAAAGAGUACAAUCAAAAUUCACAAAUUUGUCUGAUUACUUAAAAGACCUCCGAGAGACUAUGGUGACUAAGUUUUCAGGAAUGGUUCAAGACAUAGGACAUUCAUUCCAGUUUCAGGUACUGUUGGCCUCUCAAUUAGCCAAACAAGCGCAUACAUUUACAAGACUAGAGAUUCUGGACCAGUGCCGGUCAAAUAAAAUACCUGCCAUUGUAGUUACACCAGCUCAAUUGAAAGAGAAAUUAAAUAUGCUAAAUGAAAUUCUUAAUAGGGAUGGUUAUGCGUUGUCCAUAAGUGUAUCAGAAGUUCAGAAAUAUUUUAAUUUACCCAUUUGUAAAUGUCAAGUCCACAAGGAAAAUUUAUACCUUCAAAUUAAAGUACCAAUUGUUAAACUAAAUUCCAAUUGGAGAUUGUUUCAGUUCGUCGCAGUCCCAUUUCAGUGGAAGAACUCAACUUGUCAUUUGGAUCAUGCUCCGAAUUUUCUGGCAGUGGAUGGAGACCAUCUAAUCACUAUUCAGGGUAGAAAUUUAUUAGAUUGUAGACCAUUUGAAGAUAAAUUGUGUUUUGUUCCCAGGUUCUCCGGAGAUACCCUAGGUAGUGCUUUGUGUCCAAAGGCUCUUUUUCAGGGGAUUACCGUUGAAAAUCUUAGUACCACAUGUGCGUUUCGAUGCCAUUCCGGAAACCAACUGAUGAUCACCCAGGCUGGACCAGAGCGGUACUUCCUAACAAACCCGUCAGGAAAAUUAGACUUGCAAUGCAUGAAACAUAACAAUGAAUCUUUAUUUUUAGGAAGUGGAGACAUCCUCGGAGCUGUAGAUAUAGAAGUACCGUGUGAUUGUCGUUUGUAUUUAAACCAAGAACUUAAAAUUAACGAGUUGUAUCCAUGUGAUGCGUUAACAAAAUCUAAAUUUCAAUUGGUACAUGUAAUACCAGCUGCUUGGACGAAGUUACGUAAAUUGAAAAUUUUCCCUCAUCCUACGUCAACACAUACAGUUUUUCCAUCCUUAAUGGAUUGUUUAGAUGAAAAUUGGCCAACUCUAAUACCACAUUUAAAUUUUUCUUUGACAAAGUUUGAAACCCCUUUAGACCCGAUUCAUUUAAGAGAACCAGAAAACGUACCAAGAUUUGUAAUGAAAAACUUACAGAGUAUUGCGCUUUCCAUUGUAAGUAGUGUAUUAUUAUUUAUUAUUAUUAAAAAUCCAUAUCUAGUAGGUAUUGGAACGCUACCAAGAGUAUCCGCCUUGGACAAUGUUACUACCCUUGGCAUAGAAAUAAGUGUAACUGUAAUUACUAUAUUGGUAAUAGUUGGAAUGUUUUUAGUUCUGUUAUUAAAAUAUCUGAGAAAUCGGAAACCCCUCAGUAUGUCUGUAGAAAUCUCGACUACAGUAGAAAAUGCUGUUCCUUCUACCAGUGGAAAGGUAGAAUUAAAAGACAUACUAGCCAGAGAUAAUGGUUGUGUAGCUAAGUUAUCCAGUGAAACUGGGGAGGAAUUGAAAGUAACCAUUUCCAUUUGUGAUGAUCAGUAGUGAAUGAAUUUUGUUCAAUGUAAAGCUUUACCUACGAUUAGAAAAAUUAGAAUUUGAUUAAUGUUUAUGUGAAGGGGCAUGCGCCCAUAAAUAAUUUUUAUAGAACCAAAUAACGAUGGAGGGAGAAUACCAGGUUCAAUAAGGGGAAUUAUGACGUCAGGACUAAUCAUUGAGAAAGUGGGUGGGAUCCUUUCCGUAUUCCCAUUUUCCACCAUAAACCCCCCCCCCCCCCCCUUGUGUUUUUAUUAUUCAAGAAGUGACAUUGAUAGUUUUCGUCAAUCGAAGAGAAUGACUUUUGAGGCGGACUUGUUAAGGGCAAUUUCGAAAGGAGUGCUGUGGUGCAGCUCCAUCCAGAACUCUUGUCCCUUCUCGAGUUGGGAGAAGGCGCGUCGUUAAGGGUCAGCCAGAUACCACGUGGGCCAGUUGGGAGAAGAGGACCUGCUUCUACCCAUUGCUGCGGGCUGGUGCCCGUAUCGUCGAAUCGUGUGGUGAUGCACGAUUACCAGGAGUAUCAGCGGUUUGGGAGUGGCCAUGUCCAAGGACAGUGAUUACGCAUCGCGAUAGGGUGUGGCCCCCCAAACAACAAAUUUAUCGAGAAGACUAGAAUUAUCCAUCGUUUGAAACUACUGACCUGACGUUCAAAACAAAGUGUAUAGCAAGACAAGGCCAGUGUAGUUAUAAACUUUCAACCUACACGUGGACACAGUCAAGUUUUUGUUGUAAAUUUUCCUAUUAGGUACCUUACCUUAUCCUUCCUCUACGAAAUGUGGGGGGUAGGCUUUUCUUCAAGAUGUUGAAUAUUGCAGAUGAGUUACGAGUUUAGUUUUUGAAUAGUUACUUGUUUUAAGAAUCUUUAAAAGUUAUUUUUGUGUUGAUACCUGGUAUGACCCUCCUUGGUUAGUUGUGUUGAUCUAUGUUGAUCUCAUGAAUACUUCUUGAUAAACACAUGAAAAUACGUCAUUAACUUAAGUAAGAUAAUUUAAUUGUUUGAUUUGUUCACUAUUAUUUUGAUGUUUGAGAGUUUUUUUUUAGUUGUUUGUAAUUGUAUGACUCCUGAUGCUGCUCAUGUAUUUUGUGUAGGAAUGGUGUCGUGUACCGUGGAUGACGAGCAGUUGGGAUGAACGACGUCGGGAUGAACCGGCUGGGAGAGGCAGAAGUUGGAGUGGGGUGUGAUUCUGCAGCUCACAGUUCCGCUGGCUGUUCCUGUCUCUGCCCUGAGUUGGUGCAUCUCUUCGCCGUAUCCCUCCUGGCUGCUUGCUGUCCCAAGCAGUGCUAACAUGUGAAAUUUUGUAAAACACAUUUGUCCUCCGAGAGGAAAUUCUCAAUAAGUGCUAGUAGAACUUAGAGUUGGUAUUUAUACCUAAACAACAACCACUGUAAUCACUAAUUUAAAUUUGUAACUGGAUCACAUAGAAAUGAUAGGGACAAUUGGUUUUUUUUUUUUUUGAAGCAAACUUAAAUAUUCCCCAAGCAUUGUUGUAAGCUUGUGGGGCACAAGCUCCUGCCGCCCGGGGUGAUGUCGCGUAGCUCAAAAUUAUCAUUAAUUUAUUUAAUUAGUUUAUUUGUUGAAAAUACAAUUUUUAAAUUCUUUUCGCUAGUUCGGGACUUGGUUUCCCUCACGCUAAGAUGGGGUAACACCUUUGUUGGAUUUGGGUUUGCGGGGGGGCUGGAAGAGUGCGAGUCUUGCACGUCUUUGUCUGGGAACGCAGGCGUGACCGCGUUUCAGCCAGGCCAGCUGACACGUUGUUUGCUGCAGUUCCAGAGAAACGCGGCGCAGACUUGUUUGUCGUUUUUUUUUGAGGCCAGCUGAGAGCGCAGAUUGUGCGCAGUCGCCGUGCGCAGGCGAGUGUCGCAAUCUAGCGGCCGGUUUUCUGACUACGUGGGCAACCUGGCGCGGCCGACCGCGCGGCCGGCUUGUUGUAAUAACUUUACGUGUUUGUAAAACACAGGAAAACUUCCCGUCAGGAUGUUUUCCCCGUAGGGGUUUUGCGGCCAAGAAAAUAGCUUAAAAGAGAUGUAAAAUGUUUUCGCGGGGCGGUAAUCCUGUGGAAGGCUGUCAUGCUGCCCGGCCGCGCGGCGACUUGGUAAUGGUUAGGUGAGUGCUAUCGGAAAUGGCGCCUGAGUGAUGCCGGACUCUUAGCCUUCAGUGUUUCUUCGUAGUUAACUUUAAAAAUUCUCGUUUGGUGUAUUAUUUGCUCUUAUAAAUAAUUUGUUCUUAGAAACUUAGUGGUUUUAACGUGUAAUACGUUGAGCACUACCGUUCCCUUUUUAUUUUCAAGUAUAACUCGGUAAUUUGUUUGCAUCACGAUCCUUGUCUUUUCAUGUAAAUGAUGACGUUAUAAACUUAAACUAAAUAAUUUCUAAAAUCCGUUUCAAGGUAGUGGAUGUUCUUAAUAAAUUUUAAAAAUGAAGUUGUGGAAGAGCUAAUGAAGCUUGGUAUCACUGGGUGGCCUGGAGGAAAUUAUUACGAUUAUGUUAAUGUGUUAGUACUACUAAGAAAAUCUUAUAUAUGGUUUAUUGUUUUUCUGUCGGAAUAUCUAUAAGGCUGGUAGCGGACAUGGAAGGUGCCUCAUUAUUUGUCAGCUUUAUUUAAUUGUUAUAAAUAAAUGUGAUUGUUCUAUUGUUUU